AUUUUGUGAAGAAAAACCGAGUUUUUGUUGUGAAAUUUUUCCGUAACAUUUUCUUCACCAUUCGCUUUAUUUCUUUAGUGUAGUGUUGUUGUGUUUUCAUCGGAAUCGUUUGGAAAAAUGAGUUUCUUUUUUGGAAGUCGUUCUUCGAAGACUUUUAAACCUAAGAAGAAUAUACCUGAAGGCACACAUCAGUAUGAAUUAAUGAAACAUGCAGCUGCCACUUUAGGAUCAGGAAAUUUACGGUUAGCUGUCAUGCUACCCGAAGGAGAAGACUUGAAUGAAUGGGUAGCUGUUAACACUGUGGAUUUUUUCAACCAAAUCAACAUGUUGUACGGUACCAUAACGGAGUUUUGCACGGAAGAAAGCUGUCCCAUCAUGUCCGCUGGUCCGAAAUACGAGUACCACUGGGCCGAUGGGCAUACAGUUAAGAAACCAAUAAAGUGUUCCGCACCAAAAUACAUUGAUUAUUUGAUGACGUGGGUGCAGGAUCAGUUAGAUGACGAAACGUUGUUCCCUUCUAAAAUAGGCGUACCCUUCCCCAAAAACUUCCAGUCCAUCGCCAAGACCAUCCUGAAGCGCCUGUUCCGCGUUUACGCCCACAUCUACCACCAGCACUUCAGCGAGGUGGUACAACUCGGCGAGGAAGCCCACCUCAACACCUCAUUCAAGCACUUUAUCUUCUUUGUGCAGGAGUUCAGCCUGAUCGAACGAAGAGAACUGGCACCGUUGCAGGAGCUCAUCGAUAAGCUGACUGCGAAGGAGCAGCGAUAAAUAGUGGGGUUAUGUAGGGAGGACCUGGGCCUUUUUUAGUUUUAUUCUUUUUUUGUUAGGAUUCAAUCGUUUGUUUUGGAUUGGAAUGCAGGGAGGAAGGUAUUUUGCUAGAGUGUCGUUAGUUAAGUAGAUGUUUGGAAUUGAUGACAGGAGAGGUAUAUUUGUACCUCUGUUUGGGUAGUUAUACAGGAUUUGUCAAGAAUUUUGCGACAAAUGGGCUUAUGCGCUACCAAAUAAAGCUUAUGCGCAAUUACUUUUAUAUUUCCAAUAACUAAAGCUUCAUUCAGAAUUUUGCAAUUAGUGGAAUAAAUUAGUGGUUCCAAUUACACUUUAUACUUUUUAG